UUGCCAUUAUUAACGGUGAUGUUUGUAGGGAUUUCUGCAGCUCUGGGGCACAGCAGUCCGUGCACAAGGCUCCAGCAGUGUCUUUCUGCUGCCUCCUUCUGCGCUGGGCUUGGCUGUGUGCAGGGCAGCAUGGCCCCACUGGGGUGCAGCGAAGUGCCCAGCAGGGUGGCACUGCGGAUGGAUGGUGACCUCUCCUCUCUCCCCCCAGUCAACCCAUGCUGCUAUUAUCCCUGCCAGCACCUAGGCGUGUGUGUGCGCGUCGGCCUGGAAGGCUACGAGUGUGACUGCACACGGACGGGGUACUUCGGGGCCAACUGCACCUCACCUGAGCUCUGGACACGCCUACGUGACCUGCUGAAGCCCAGUCCUGCCUUCUACCACUUUGUCCUCACCCACUUCAGGUGGUUCUGGGACAUCAUCAACAGCACAUUCAUCAGAGACACGCUGAUGAGGCUCGUGCUCACAGUUCGUGCCAACCUCAUCCCCAGCCCUCCCACCUUCAACUCCCAUUAUGGCUACAUCAGCUGGGAGGCCUACGCCAAUGUCACCUAUUACACCCGCAUCCUCCCGCCGGUGCCGGAGGAAUGCCCCACGCCCAUGGGGACCAAAGGGAAGAAGCAGCUCCCCGAUGCCCAGCUGCUGGCUCAGCGCUUCCUGCUGCGGCACAAAUUUGAAGCUGACCCCCGGGGCACCAACUUGAUGUUUGCCUUCUUCGCCCAGCAUUUCACCCACCAGUUCUUCAAGACCUCCGGAAAGAUGGGACGCGGUUUCACCAAGGCGCUGGGGCACGGGGUGGACCUGGGGCACCUGUAUGGAGACAACCUGCAGCGGCAGCACCAGCUGCGGCUCUUCCAAGAUGGGAAGCUCAAAUUCCAGGUGGUGAAGGGGGAGGUGUAUCCACCGUCUGUCACUGAGGUGCCGGUGCACAUGGUCUACCCUCCUGCCAUCCCCAAGGAGAAGCAGCUGGCAAUGGGGCAGGAGGUGUUUGGGCUGCUGCCGGGGCUCUGCAUGUAUGCCACGCUCUGGCUGCGUGAGCACAACCGCGUCUGUGACAUUCUGAAGCAGGAGCAUCCCACCUGGAGUGAUGAGCAGCUCUUCCAGACAGCGCGGCUCAUCCUCAUUGGGGAGACCAUCAAGAUUGUCAUUGAGGACUACGUCCAGCACCUCAGCGGGUAUUUCCUGAGCCUCAAGUUUGAUCCCGAGCUGCUGUUCGAGCAGCAGUUCCAGUACCGGAAUCGCAUUGCGGUGGAGUUCAACCAGCUCUACCACUGGCACGGGCUGAUGCCCGACUCCUUCACCAUCCGGGGACAGGAGUACAGCUACGAGCAGUUCCUCUACAACACCUCCAUGCUCAUGGACUAUGGUAUAGAAGCCCUGGUGGAGUCCUUUUCCAGGCAGGCUGCAGGAAGGAUCGGUGGGGGGCAAAACAUCAAUGCCAAUGUGUUGGGAGUGGCCGUUGGAGUCAUUGAGGAGUCGCGGCAGCUGAGGCUGCAGCCCUUCAAUGAGUACCGGAAGAGGUUUGGCCUGAAGCCCUACGUGUCCUUCCAGGAGCUCACAGGAGAGGAGGAGAAGGCAGCAGAGCUGGAGGAGCUGUAUGGAGACAUCGACGCUCUGGAGUUUUAUCCAGGAUUGCUGCUUGAGAAACCCCAACCCAACGGCAUCUUUGGGGAAAGCAUGGUGGAGAUUGGCGCUCCAUUUUCACUGAAGGGACUUCUUGGGAAUCCCAUCUGCUCCCCAGAGUACUGGAAGCCCAGUACCUUUGGCGGAGCAACCGGCUUCGAGAUCGUCAAGACAGCAUCACUGGAGAAACUCGUGUGCCUCAACGUGAAGAAAUGCCCGUAUGUGGCGUUCCGUGUGCCAGAUGCUGUGGCAGCAGGUGAGACCGACAGCAGCCGUGCAGGUGGAGCAUCAUCCACAGAGCUGUAGCAGCAGCACAGCCCACACAGGCAGUGCUGGGGCCGGUGCUCUGCUCAUCCCAUGUCAGCAGAGCAUCCUGCCCUGGGUGGGCUCCAGCUCUGCCCCACACCGGCAGGGAGAAGCUGGUGUUCACCUUGGGAAGAGCUCGAGUGCCUGAGGAGACCUCAGCAGACCUAAUCUUCCUACCAUUGCCUCGCACUAAGCCAGCUUGGGAGCUCACUUGGUAAAUCCCAGCGCCCCAGGAUGCUCCUGGCCUCUCUGCUCCUCUCCUUCAGCUCCCACUGCCCACUCCUGCUGUGGGGCAUCAUACUCCAGAGAACACACAGCUCACAGAGCCUUCCCGGCCUCACCGGGGAGAUGCGCUGCAGAUGCGCUGCAGGCCGUGCUCUCACCUGGUUCUCCACAGCAGCCUCUCUCUGCCCUCCAUCCUGCCUGGCACUGGACAAAGGGUGACCAUGCCAGCUGCCCGGCCCUGGGGAGCUCCCAAAGCCCUGUGUCCCCCCCUUGCACUGCUGUUCUGGCAUACAACAGGCUGCUCUGAGCUACCUCUGUGCACAUCACCCUAUAAAGACUCCCCCGCCUUCUGCUCACUGCACUUUCCUGCAUUAAUAGCUCAGUAAACAACAUUCCAAAGGCGCACCGCCUGCUUGACCUGCUUCACAGCACAUGCAGACAUAAGCCCUCACCAACAGCAUGACGUGAUCACUGGCAGCCAGGGCUGCUGGCCUCGGUCCCAGCCAGAUCCCAGAAAAUGGACCUCUAAAAUAAACAAUGUUAAAAACCACUCUCAUUUCCUCCAAGUUCUCAGGCUCUCGCAGUGCAGAGACAGGCCAAGGCAGGUGCCCGGGACUCAGGUGGAGCUGAGGAAGGCUCAGCAGCGGUCACACAGGGCACAGGGAUUUCCUGGGUCCCAGCCCUUGCUGCAGUUACCUUGCUGGAAGCACACUGUCAGACAGGGCAAAUGGCAUCCAGUGGGAGCAGCACACGGCCAAGGACUGCUGCCAUAUCCCCAGACAGCACCACGCACUGCGAUCCGUGCACCGUGCGCUUCCAGUGUCACAGUGGCAGAGCACGCCUGUGCCUUGCUGUGUGCAGGGCUCCAGCUCCAAGCAUCCUCGCUUUGGUUAGGCCACAAGUAUCCUGCUUUUGUUUGUGUCUAUCACAGCCAGCCAGCAUUGUUUGUUACCAGCUGAUAAGCGUGCUGGCCAUCGGGCACAUAGAGAGCUGUCUCAGUGCUCUGUGCCACCAAGGGGACGUUUCCCCAGGAAUAGCACAGCCCCAGCCCCUCCGUGCUCUUUGCUGGUCCUUCAGCCCUGUGUUCAGCAUCUCUGGGGAGUGCAGCAGUGUGUGCCUGCGGGCUGAUGUGCACAGGAGAGCACUGUGCUGUGCACACGGUGUGAGGAGCAGAAAGGACAACAUCUGCCUGUGUUCGUGUGACCUUUGGAGUAAUGAUUCACUGAGCACAAAAUUACCAAAGUGGACACUAGGAGGAAGAGAUCUGCUGCCUGCAGUGCUUUUAAUAGUAAUUCUCUUUUUGGUGUCCCUACAAAUAAACCCCCAGCACUCUGAAGGGGAUGUGAUGUGGCUGUAGCACCAGAACAGAUGGGCACAAGGAAAUGCACAGCCCAGCAGAGGAGCUGCUGCCUUCCUCCAGCUCCACGAGCAGACAUGGGACUAAACAGCUGCACCACCAGGCAGGAAAGCCAAAUUUACCUUGGCCACGUUUGUGCAUUUGUCCUGUGCUGGAGAAGCAGCAGAUAGAAAACAGGACACAGAAAGGACAGACUGCAAACACAGCGCAUGUAACAUGGCAGCAGAAGGAAGUGUUGCUCACCAAACCUUCACCACACAUUAACUUACUGUCCUAUUUCAGACACGCAAACCAGGCUAAGUAUCUGCAAACAUUUAAAAGCAAUAAAUAUCAACCUUGUUUUCCAGCACCAGUCACUUUCUUUCUGAGCCCUCUUGCUCUGUGGACCUAAUGGAUUUAAGAAAGUUUGUUUGGCUGUCACAACUGCAGCCAAAAAUGUUCAGACUUGAGCAAUGCCUGCACAAACUCUGCCAAGGCACAAGGAAGGGAACCGACCGCAGUCGCUUUGCUCCAGACUCCCAACCUUUCACAGUGCUUUUAUCUCAGAGCAAUUUCACCAGAUGCUCUAAAAAAAGCAGCAGGGUGCUGGUGAGAGGAAGGGGGGGGAGGAAAGAACAGGCAGAUCCCAAAGGACAGCUUGCAGGUACCUGCCCAGCACCCACCACCUCUAGGAGCUGCAGGGCGAGCUGCUGCCAGAGCACAGGGUGGGCACACCAACUCUUCCCCACUUUCAGCCAGUGUCUGACAGCUGAAUCUCAUCCUGAAUAUAAAUUACAGAGGACUUUUGGCCAAGAUAAGGCCUAGUGCAAGAGACAAACUAUCCAAGCAUACAACCCAUCACAGCUCCUAUCUCUACCACCUGCCUGCUGUGCCAGAGCCUUUCACAGCUCUGAAAAAUGCUGGAACAUCCCAUCAGGUUUCUGCCCAGAACAGUGCUUUGUGCUGUGCCAGAAAACCUAAGUGAAACAUCUUUGGCAACGUUAAAAGGCUUCCUUUAUUCAAAGUCGAGCAAUUUAGUAGGAAUGCAUCAAUAAAAGUGGAGUUCUGACGCUGACGAAACACAACAGCUUGGAGGGAAGGAGAGGCAUCUGCCUCAAACCCAAAUCCUGACCAGGCUCACGGCCAAACCAGAGUGAUUCAAAACUUUUAUUGUAGGUACGUGUUGAUACAAUUCCAUUUUAAUUUCCAUUCUCUAAUGCAUAUAUAUCAAUAAUGUGCAUAUAUAUAUGCAUAUACACUCCAGUUUUUAUCCGCAGGUUAGGACCUCAUUUAAAUUAAGAUAAAUAAAACAAACUUUACCACUUCAACUAAAACAUUUACAGGUACAGUGUUAGUAUGAGCUGAAGUUCUAAUUUGUAUUGAAUGGACAGUAAGAAAUUGAUAACAAACCUAUCCUAAAAUCUGUUCUACUUUGCUAUGCUGCUUUACAUGCAUUAAGAAUGCUGGGUUUUGGGGGCACAAAACCACUGGCUGGUUGGUUUGGAAGGAUUUAGCUUCAGGAACGGGCAAAAGCAAAAGCAGCACUCCAGCCCGCUUCUCAGCAGCACUAACACAUCUUCUGUUUACCCCUCUUUGCCCUUUUGCUCCUUCUUUUCUUUCAGAUCAAUGAUGAAUUGGAUUCAGGCUUCUCUCCUCCAUAUCUUUUCCCCCUGUUUUGCUACUGGCAAAACUAUCUGUCUUAUACAUACCUCAGCAGCAAAACCUCAUAACCAGGACUCAGUCACCUUGCUGCAGGCCAUCAGAUGGAGCAGCAGGAGAGGUUCUGAUCCCAUUACAGCUUUACAGCCUUGGGCCCCAAUCCCUGCUUGGUAUAAAUAAAACUUCAAAGUAACUCAGAGUCAGCUCUUUCCCCUUCAAACCAGGUUUUACUGUGGUGCUAACAUGUGCCUGUCUGCACUACUGACUUACUGAAUCUCAUCCUGAAUACAAAUCACAGUUAGUUUGACUUUUUUUGUGAAAUGCAGGAUACCCACACUGAGACUUCAUUUCAAGUAACCUGAAUCUCUUACCACAUUUUAAACUUUGGCUUUCUGCCAGUUUCCUUAAAACAGCUAAAAAUGCUCUUUCAGCUAUUUUUAAUUACAAAUUAUUUACCCAUCUACUUAUACUACUUUUAAAAAUAGUUUGAAUACAUACAACUAUAAAUGCUUAUCCUUGUCCUAAGAUCUAUUCUUACUAUAAACCUAGUGCUUACAAGGGAAUUUUUGCACUUCUCCCUGGUGCUCCGAAGUGCCUCACGCAAAACUUGCAACUAGAUGUAAUCAUUAAACAUAGCAUUACAUCAUAUUUACGUAAGGACAGCCUACUUUCCUCAAAAUUAAAUAACAAACACAAUAAAACAAACACAGUAAGUUAUGUGUGAGAAAGCAAGCAUAAUAUCCAAUUAAGUGUAGGAGAUGUAAUUCAGUAACAACGAAGUACAGAGUGCACACAUUCAGCAUGCUCGUUUGUACCACGUGCAGGGAGAUUACACCAUCAUCUGGCCAGCAAAGCCUUGGCUCUGCUCUGCAUCACUGGAGGUUUCCAUGCCUGCAUUCACUACACACUGCUAAUGGUUUCUAACGCUGCUUAUGUCACAGCUACGUCGUGCUAGACUUGCUGGAGGCAGGGUGAACUGUAAAUGCAGUGGAAACCCUGGAAAUUACUUCCCAAUGUUACUACCUAUAAAGUAAGUGGAGCACAAACAAAACAAACACACUUUAAUAACAAUAUAAUCACUAACAAACGAUAACGACAAACUUGCUGCGGAAGCGUAAUAUACAGCAUUCAGGAGCAGUAAUUAAUGAAAAGACAAAUGGGCUCAGUCAGCACUGCUUGGCUUUUAAUCUGUGUCCACAAGUGGGAAUCCUAAGUUUUCGGGGAAAGAGUCACCAGUGUCACUGUGCAACUUUUACAGCUACAAUGCUUUCACCUCAACUCCACAGCAUCUUCUCUGCCAGCGAACUCCGUGGAUGCACUGUACAAAAAACCCCAUGAUGCCAAAGAGGGAGGAAGAACAGGACAGUGGCAACGCUUCUGGUCCUGCCUAACACUGUGCAGAAACCACGUACUGAGCUUCAGACAAGGGAGCUCCCAUUCAGGAGCUUGUCUACCGGCUUAGGGCUCACCUCCCACACAGCCUUCCAGUCAUCUGUCAGGUCCAGGGAUUAUUAAUAUUCAAAAUGCAUUUGAAGACCCAGCUUAAGCAGGCAAUAUGCAGACAGACAGAGA